ACCAAGAUAUUUGUGACGUUUUUCUGAUUAAAAUGAUACCAAAUACGAUAUGGUUUGGACAAUUCUUAUUUAUAAUAGUAUUUUCUACAGCGUGAUUCUCUUGCUACGCAAGACAAAAGCCGUGCCGCACAAUGGAACCCCUGCUGUUUGGAAAAUUGGAAAUGAUUUUUAUUACAUUUGAAAGUUAAAGGAGGAAUUUUAGGAAUCGGUUUAUAACUUAGGAACAUAAAAUAUGGAAAAAAUAUGUUAUUAUGCCAGGGUUUCGACUUUACUUAAUCCGUUUAUUACUCGAAGAGGUUAUCGUUUAUUACCCUUGUUGCUUUCAUCGGACUGGUACUACCUGUGUACCAUGCAAGUUCGGUACCUCCACGCGGGCUAGGAGGUACCUUCGCGUUUGCAAAACGCAACCAAUCAGAAAAAUUACAAAUUUACCCCCGACGACGAAUUUCAACCAAUACAGGAAGUGAAAGUUUCUACACCGAAACCCCCACCACGAUUAGGAAGUUAUAUAUUUCUCAUCAAUACGGAACAAGAUUAGUUGUCGUUCAGACUGCAGUCACCAUGGAUUUUAGUAAGGCAGAAAUUCUCACCUUGAUUGAAGUAUAUCGAUCCAAGAGUAUGUUGUGGGACCCCAAAAACUGCGAUUAUUUUAAUAAAUUAAAAAAAGAAGAUGCGUGGGAGGAAUUAAGCGCAGAAAUAAAUAAACCAAAAGCAGUAUGUAAAAAAAAAAAAAAAUAGAAUACCUCCGAGCAGGUUUGAGGAGGGAAAAGUUGAAAAUGAAAAGAAGUGUUGGCACCGGAAAGGGAACACAAGAAGUAUAUAAAAGCCAAUGGUUUGCAUUCGAAAGUAUGCAAUUCCUAUGGGAUAAAAAUAAAUCUAGGAGGACAUUAAGUACGAUGGAAGAUCAAGUACAAAUUGUAAGUCCAGAGGCGGUAGAAGGUGAGGUGGUAGAGCAAUCAUACAUGGGACAAAAUUCAGAGAUGCUUGAGGGAGAACCUGGCCCCAGUACGAGCACCCCAUUGCGCUCAACACGAACGGUUGCCGCGAAAAAGCGGCAUACCGAGAAAGAGGAUCGUUUGGAGAGGGCAUUUGAGAUUCUGGAAACUGCGUCUGAUCCACCAUCUGACGAAUCCCAACAUUUUGCAAAUUUUGUUGCAGCGAAACUAAAAAAGCUGAACAAUUAUGAAAGGGUCCAUAUUGAAGCACGGAUAAUGCAAUUAUUUGUAGAAAUUGAACCUACAUAUAUAGAUAAUAUAUAAAAAAUAUAUACAGGGUGGCCCACAUAACUCUUAAGGGGGACGUUUCAUUUUUUCACGUAAUCUUGUAGUUUGAGGUCUUGUGAAUAUCUCUACAAACUUUCAAUUCAAAACUAAUUAAAUUGUGAAAGUUAUAGACCGUAAACCGACUUGGCGCGCAGCAACUUUAAACGCGUUUUUCUCGAAACAGGUUUUUUACAACCGGCGGUCAUGAUUUCUAAAAAACUAUUCAAUCGAUUGACUUGCAAUUUUAACUGUAUGUUCAGAAAACAUCCCUUUAUCGUCUGAACUAGGGAAAAAGUGAUACGUUGUAUAUAUUUCUUUUUAUCGCAAGAACAGUUACCAAUUUUAAGAGUAAAAUCGAUCAUCCAAGUUUGACAAGCUGCCAUUUUCUCAAAAACAAUUAUUUUUUCUUACUUAUAGUUCAAACGAUAACUACAUGUAUACAGAACAAAAUACCAUUGGAUUUUGCGGCAUCCAAGUUUACAAGGAACACAAUGCAAUAUUUUUAAUAAUAAAAAUAUUUUUAAGUACAGAAAUAUAUUGUCAAUAGAUGCACCAAAGAUGAAAUUAAAAUACUGCGAAGUUUUGCUGAAAAAAAUUCCCAAAAAACUCGUUUUUUUCCACCGAAAAAAUGA